AUGGAGGUGCAGGGUGGUAGAAUCGACCCAAGAAGUGGUUUUCGUAGCUCUAAUUCAAUCUUCUACAGCAAGAGACAACCCAUAUCACUCCCUCCAAACCAUUCCUUAGACGCCACCACUUUCAUCUCCUCUCAUGCACAUCAAGGCCACACCGCCUUCAUCGACGACUCCACCGGCCGCCACCUCACCUACACAGAACUCUGGAGAUCUGUUGAAGUUGUCACCUCCUCUCUCUCAAGCAUGGGAAUCAAAAAAGGAGACAUUAUCCUUCUUCUCUCUCCCAACUCUAUCUACUUCCCGGUGGUGUGUCUUGCCGUUAUGUCCCUCGGUGCCAUCAUCACCACCACCAACCCCCUCAAUACGACUCAUGAAAUCGCAAAGCAGAUAGCAGAUUCCAAACCUGUUCUCGCCUUCACAAUCUCUUUGUUGGUUUGGAAAAUCAUCACAACAUCGCCAACUCUUCCGGUCAUUCUCAUGGAUGUCGAUGGAGAGUCAUCGUCAUCAUUGUCAAAUUCAAAUACACUAGAGGAAAUGAUGAAGAAGGAACCUGACAUGAGCACCUUAAGGUCACGAGUCAACCAGGAUGACAUAGCUACUCUACUUUACUCAUCUGGAACAACCGGACCAAGCAAAGGAGUAGUAUCAUCACAUAAGAACCUUAUAGCGAUGGUUCAAAAUGUGUUAACUAGGUUUAGCAAGCAAGUAGAAACAUUCAUUUGCAUUGUUCCCAUGUUUCACAUAUAUGGCUUAGCGGUUUUCGCUACGGGACUUCUAGCUCUAGGUUCAACCAUUGUUAUUCUCUCCAAAUUCGAAAUGCACGACAUGCUUUCAUCCAUUGAGAAAUACAAAGUUAAUGUUCUACCACUUGUGCCGCCAAUACUGGUUGUUAUGCUCAACAAUGCAGAUGUGAUUAUGAGGAAGUACGACUUGAGUUCCCUUCAUUUGAAUGUGUUCUUUGUAUGUAUCAGGUAUCCAGAUGAGGAGGUUGGACAAUAUCCAAUGGCAUAUGUGGUAAGGAAGGAUGGAAGUAACAUAUCAGGCUGUCAAAUUAUGGAAUUUGUUGCAGGACAGGUGGCUCCAUAUAAAAAAAUUCGAAAAGUGGCAUUUAUAUCUUCCAUACCCAAAAAUCCAUCUGGCAAAAUUCUUAGGAAGGAUCUAAUCAAGCUUGCUACAUCAAAACUUUAA